GGCAGCAGCCCCCCCUGCAUCCACCCUCAGAUUCAGCCAGUGGAAAUGGUCACGGCAUUGCUUUAGGGGAAGCAGGAGCUGGCUGGACUGCCGGUGCCGUAUCCCCUCCUCCUUUCCUGCCCUCCUUUAUGGGGACAUAAGAGCUUCAUUUCCAGUCCCGUCCGUCCUCAAUCACUCACGGGCUGAGAAAUAUUUUGCAGAAAGUUUCCAGUCUGCUGGUUUGAGACUCGCGCACUCGUCUGGGCGAACUGCACUCGCUAACUCAGUCUCCCUCCCACUGCAAACAUUGGAUUUAAACCUGCUCAGCAUUCAACGCAGACGAAAGCAGCGGCGGCAGCAGCAAGCAAGCAAGCAAAUCAGCCGCGAGCCGACCGCAGCUCCAAGAUGUACCAUCCUGCCUGCUGGAUCGUCUUCACCGCCACCACUGCCCUGCUCUUCAUCCCAGGAGUGCCCGUGCGCAGCGGAGAUGCCACCUUCCCCAAAGCUAUGGACAACGUGACUGUGCGGCAAGGGGAGAGUGCCACGCUCAGGUGUACCGUGGAUGACAGGGUGACGCGGGUAGCGUGGUUGAACCGCAGCACCAUCCUGUAUGCUGGCAAUGACAAGUGGUCUAUAGACAACCGCGUGGUCAUCCUCUCCAACACCAAAACCCAGUACAGCAUCAAGAUCCACAACGUGGAUGUGUACGAUGAGGGGCCCUACACCUGCUCUGUGCAGACAGACAAUCACCCCAAAACAUCGCGCGUGCACCUCAUCGUGCAAGUCCCCCCUCAGAUUGUCAACAUCUCAUCAGACAUCACCGUGAAUGAAGGCAGCAGUGUGACCCUCAUGUGCUUGGCCUUUGGGAGGCCGGAGCCCACUGUCACAUGGCGGCAUCUCUCUGGGAAAGGGCAAGGCUUCGUGAGCGAGGAUGAGUACCUGGAGAUCACAGGCAUCACACGGGAGCAGUCGGGCGAGUACGAGUGCAGUGCUGUCAAUGAUGUGGCCGUCCCAGAUGUCCGGAAAGUCAAAGUCACUGUCAACUACCCGCCGUACAUCUCCAAUGCCAAGAACACAGGCGCCUCAGUGGGCCAGAAGGGCAUCCUGCAGUGCGAGGCCUCGGCUGUCCCCGUGGCAGAGUUUCAGUGGUUCAAGGAGGACACCAGGUUAGCAAACGGGCUGGAGGGCGUGCGGAUCGAGAGCAAGGGCCGCCUCUCGACGCUGACCUUCUUCAAUGUCUCGGAGAAGGACUAUGGCAACUACACGUGUGUGGCCACAAACAAGUUGGGCAACACCAAUGCCAGCAUCAUCCUGUACGGGCCCGGAGCGGUGCACGACAGUGGCAACGCAGCCUCCCGGGCGGCCGCUGGCCUCUGCCUCUGGGCCACCCUCCUCGCUCGCCUCCUCCUCGACUUUUGAUAAGGGAGUGGAGGGUCCCGGGACGGCCGCCCGGGGACUCCUCUCCGUCAGACGGGCACAACGCCGGAGGACGGGGAGCGGCGCCAAAGGGCCGAGGACGGCCACGUCUCCCACCUGCCGGGAUCAUUCUCGUCGCCAGUUACGCUGUACAGACCCCACCACGUGCCACCAGACUGUCACCCGCCACCGUCGCCUGCCCAUCGAAGGGCAAUGCUGCACCGAGCCUUGUCUGCCGCCUUGUCCCUCCUUGCAUCGAGCCGGCUGCGGGCGAUGUGCCCCACGGAUGGGGUCCAGCGUGGAUGGGGCUCCCCGCUGACACCUGGCAGGCGUCUUGGUGACACCGUGUUGGACACGGGUGUGGUGGGUGGGGGCCACCCGGAGCAGUCGCUGGGGACGUCCAUCUCGUCGUCACAUUGAGACACCUAUGCCCAAACAGACCCUGAAGUUGAAGCCCUGCGUCUGCCUUGCACCGUCUCAGUCCUGAAUGUGAUCUCUCACCACCAAAGCUCCUCCCAGACCAUCUCCUCGCUUCUCCAUCCCCCGCUGCUUCCCUUCUGCACUGCAGCCCCUCUGCCCUGUGCCCAAGGAUGCGUCCCUGCCCAGAGGAAGCACUUGAGAUGCUCACUGAAUUUCCAGCUCCUUGCUCAAUCUGACAGCGAAAGCACUGCAGCACUGGCACUGGGAGGAGGCACUAACCAACACAGACAAGCACCAGGCAGCAAACAGAGCCCCAGCUGCAGCUCCAACAUGCCUGCUGCCACCCCUGUGUGCCAGGAGGGGUGGGACCACAGAGUUCCAUCUUAUGGGUGCUUCAGGUCUCCCAAGGGCUCUUUCUACACUGUCCAGGCAAAUACCUCUGCCUGUCCCAGCAGUGGUGUUUGACCAUUUGGAGAAGCUCAGGCUCCACUGGAAAAAUAAUGGCCGUCAAUUUACUACACCUACACAACAAGGACAAGGAUGCCCUGGUGUCUCCAGCUUGCUGCUUGCUGAGAGGCUCCUCUGACACCAGAACAUGUGCAGUCAGAACCUUCUCUUUGCUUCCUCUAGCUGCCCUGCAAUGGCCACCUCAAUGGGGCUGUGUUGGUUCUCAGCCCACGGCCCACAGUGCUGCAAUGCUCCUUGCAUGGGGGGUAACCUCAAUCCUUCCUUAUGCCCUGGGGCAAGGAUGGGAAGCUUUGGGUUUGUACUUCAGGGACAGAACCUCCUAUUCAGCUCCAGAGAAGUCCCGCACAGCACUGGACAAAGUGCCAGCAACAAGGGGACAAAACAUGAUGGUAGCACACCAAGGAAGCACACGAUGUCCCCUCCCCUUUACCAUAACCUUGUUAUCCUGGGGAACUGAUGUCUCCCUGCCCUUCCCCCUUCUUUCUCCCUCCAAAAGCAAGAUGACUUGAGAGCUGAGGCUGUGUAUCUUUCCCCAUACAAACUCUGCUGCUGCCCUGUUUUCCAUCCUACAGGAAAGAAAGAAAACCCUGGCACAGACCCUGCAAUGUGCCACUGCCCUGUCCUCAUCCCUUGUCUCUUCUGGGCCUCCUGGGCAUUGCACAAACAAGCACACGUACAAUGCUGCCACGAAAGAAGCAGCAGCUGCAAAAUCUGCAGGGAUGCUCCUGACCCCACACAUGGGACACUGACAGUGACAAAACCCACACAGCCCAAAGGCACCACUCCAGCAAUGACCAGGCACACCAGCUUACCUGAUGGGCAGGGAUGUGGCACGGUGAGCAGUGAGCUGGUCCUGCAUUCCCACCAGCAUCCCAGGAAGGAGUCAUGAGCAGCAGCCUGAUCCCAUCUGUGUGCAUCUCUGUGGAGGCGAGUGGCACCAUCGUGGGGGGGCAUGGUGGCCCACACAUCCUUCCCCACGCUCUUGCUCUGAGCCCCCCCAUCCCAACUGGUUGAUCCACAGAACAAACGGCCCCUCUCCACCCAGAAGCAAGGCAGAAGCAUGCGAAUGUGAUCCCACCACCGCAGUGACGCAUCAACUGCAAGGAAAUAGACGUAACCCCCCUGAGUCCUACCUGGCAGCUCCAUCUCCCAGCUCUCCAAAACUGCGUGGGACAUCCUGAUGGGCUGAGUGCCCUGCAAUGCUCACGACCACGCUUGGCAAAGGAUGGUGUCAGCGGGUGGCCCCUUGCUCAUCUUUGCUUCUGGGGCUUUCAGAUGCAUUCCUGGGGCAUGGGAGACGCUUGGCAGUGUCACCCCAGUGCCACCUCCCUGCCCCAAUCCAAAGCCCCCCAGCUGGCAUACAGCCCUUGCUUGGCACACCACUCCGGUGCCCUAUUUCUCCCUGCAGAAGAAACACUGAACCAGCCCAUGAAACGAGGCCAAAGGCCGUGGCAUUGCAGAGACAAGACAUGACGACUACCAGAUGCCCCGAGGUCACACACAACAGCCUCGGGGCCGCCCCGCGCUCCCCAUUCUUCUCUCUCCCCGGGUCGGUUUGGGCUGGCUUCCUUGUCCUCCUCCGUCGGGACGGCGUUCGACUUUCUCGUGCCAUGUAACGUGCAGUUGUGAGGAACGUGUUGGCUGUCCGAGGCCGCGGCACUGCCGUGUGGGUGGGUGGCAGAGCCUCGUGCCAUCGCCGCUCCCCGCGUGCUCGCCUUGCCGGCGCGCGGUCUCCGAGUUUCCGUCGAUCAUUGUAUUCCAAGGGUGGCUAUACUACCUGAGAUUUGUGCAUGUUACAUUGUAGUUGUAACCUUUUCUAAUUCGGCAAGAAUAAGAGAUGGUUGUGAUUGUGCAGUGUAUCAAUAAAGUUUGACGAACUUUGUACCCUCGGGGCAUUGCUUCACGGAGCGCACGUGCCAUGGGGAGCACGUGGGGCCCCCGUGCACCGUGUUCCAUGGUAGCUUCAUUCAGCUCCUGGUUGCCCUUGCACUGCUUCCAGCCCCAUGGUUUGUCUGGUUCCCAACCAGGCUCCUUGCUCUGUGCCCCGCUGCUAUUUGACUCUUCCCUCAUCCCUGUCCCCACGUCUGUCCUCUGCUGAUGGGACGUGCAGCACAGACAAGCACAUACCUAUUUAAGGAGCCCUGCAGGGGAACGACCGGCUCUGCUCUGUUCACUCACCUACCUUCAGCAGAAGCACCACUGGAUUCUUCUUUUUGUUGGCUGUGCCGUCUCAUGUGUCAUCGUCUCUUAACAACGUUUGCUCCAAAAAACCUAUUUCUGUGCAAGGAAUGCCACGACAGAGGAAAUGCUAACAGUGCUUUGCACCUAUCAAGAGGUGACUCCACAAAACACAGGACAGUAUGUCUUCAUCAACAGACGAAGACUAUGGGAAGGGACCUGUGCCUCUUGGGACCGUUUUUCCGUCCCUCUGAUGGAUGCUCUUCAGUGAGAGGCCCUGUUUUCCAGCAGAAACCCCAAAGCUGAUCUCUCAGAGCUCUAUGUUAAAGGGUAGGAAGGCUGCUGGGAGCACAAGAGCAGCAAGAUGGUCUGGGGCAACGCCUGACCCAUAAGGGGAUUGAUUGCUGGCUCUGCACCUCCCUUUGCCUUUCCUGACAUGAAGCUGGAAAGCAGUGUCCUCAGAGCAUAUUGCUGAGCCUUGCAGCCAGCUGCUCCUCACGGUGACAGCCUCCCACAGCCUGCAACCACCUGAGCAUAUGGCUCUGUCAGGGACACCUUGGCUGUGCUCCUUGGAAAGAAAGGUAAGUGCUUCCCUCAACACACUGGGAGAGGGGUCUGGGAUGGGAGGACCACACCUGCUCCAGCACAUUCAAAUGGAUUGGGGCUAGGGCACCACCAAGACUCCAAACAGCUCACCUCAACCAUGACCAUGGAGGUGGAAAUCACCCAGCUGGGCCAUCCCUCAUCUGUGCACAUCUCUAUGGGUGAUACAAUGGUGACACUGUCCCCUUGCUCUCUGUUGCUCUAUUAGCAGCCUCUUACAUGCCUCUUAGGGAAAAACACCAGCUGCAUGUACAACCUGCAAUACCAAAUCAGGUUGUAGCCAUCCCCCAUGCAAAACUCUUGGACUUCUUGGUGUGGUUGGUAAAAGGGCGACAAGCACCAGUCAUUGGGAUGCAGUGUUAAGAAGGAAGAGCCAUCCAGAAGGGAACGAGCCCUUGCUCCUCCCUUUUUUGGACACUUUAGGCCUCUCCUGAGUGCAGUUUUGCUGUGUCACAACCAAGAAGAGCAAUGGAGGGACAGUGAGAGACAGCCUGACACACUCCUUUCUCUUUGCUGUGGCCCCAGACCAGAGGGCUUCCCUUUGUGCUCCGCAUCAUCACUUCCUGCAAGGCAAGAAUCACAGCUAACACACUGGGAAACCUGUGGCACAAGCAAUAAACCCUGUCCUGAACAACAAGCACAAGUGGGCUCCUUUCACAACACACAGGAAAGCAUCACUACCACCUGGACCACAACUACAUCCAGAGGGAGCGAGGGCAUCUUUCAGGCCAUGACAUUCAUCUACUUUCACUGAGAGACACAAAUAAAUAUGUAUCUAAAUAAAUACAGAAACACACCCAUAAAAAAGCAUCUGUCUCUCUCUCUCCAACUUAUUCUGCAAUGCUCAAACCCUGGCACCGUGUGCCCUCUGACCUACAGCACUGAAAAUUUCAGAAUUUCAAAAAUAAAGGGAGGAGCCCCAUUAAUCCAGAUCCAUCCUUUGGAGGUGGACAGGGUCCCUCCCUCACCUGCCAGGCUUGCCUUGCCACAGCCAACUUUCUUUUCCUGAAAGCCAACAGCCAUGCUCUGCUCCAUCUCCUCCCCCAGGAGAAGCACAGACACAUCUGUGGCUGUGGCACAACAAAUGUGGCCAUAGCAGUUCCUACAAAGCCAUCGCCGUGGCUCUAGCACUGUGGUUGGCACUGAUCCCCUUUUUCUCUGCCAUUCUGAUUCCAGGAUGCAGAAAGCUGCAUGCAACUGGCCAUCUUGCCCUGGAAUAGCAAUUAAAUGCCACGAGCCCGUGGGGAAAUGCACGGUAAUGGGAUGCCUUUGCAACCCCUGCCAACAGCCCAUCCUUUGGGAUAAAGCCCAUGUACUAGGGGCCCUUCUGUUCCCAUGGGGAACAGUAUUUGCCACCGAGAGAGAAGACACAAGCAACCCUGGGGCUCACAGCAAGUCCCUUUGGAGAUUUUCCCCUGGGCCUUGCGCCCACUGCACUGUCAGUGAUGGGGCACUGGUGCCCACAGUGACAGCAAGGGACAAAGACCCUCGCUUAGGGCAGGGUCCCCUGAAGGAUGGGAACAACAGAACACUUUGCAAAUGCCGCUGGCCACAAUCAGCCCAAAGGUGCAUUGGGCACUGUGCACACAGGGGUGGGGGUCUCUGUUCCCUACCUUUUCUCCCCGUCCUCGAGGGAUGCUCCAACCUCAGGUCCCCACAUGCUGCCCGGGGCCGGGAGAUGCAGCGCCGUCAUUUCACAACACCUCGCUAUCCUCUCUGCUCUCUCUUUCUCCCUUCUCCCUGCCUACUUCUUGGGCUGCACAAACUCAGAGGAGGAAAAAAUAAAAUAUUAAAAGCCCUGCAAUCGUUACAGACCAGCUCUGAUUCUCACACAACACACAAUGUGCCAGGUGGAGCCCACACGCCUUGAGAGGCCGGUGGCUACAGUGAAAGCUGAAGACUUGAUGUGCCAAAGACUCUUCUGAAAAUCAACAACACCCCUCCACACACCAACAGAGACCGACACCAGCUCACCAACAGCAAGGUUUCACCAACACCCAGAAACUCACUUGUGACCUUCACGGCUGCACCGCAUCACCUCCAACACCGCUGGGGACCCAAUCAGCUCACCCAAGCCCUCCAUGUACUCACCGAAGCCUUACCUUAUGUCGCAUCGCAUCUGGGCUCAGCGCUGACACCCUCCUGCUGCUCCAUCCUUUUCCUGCAGCUGAUCACUGCUCCCUCCCUCCCUCCAUCCCAGCACCCCUCCCCGUGCCCAGCGGCCGCGGCGGGGGCAAUGAGCACCACAAGCAGACGGAGCGGCCACAUGGAACAAUCGUUUUAAUGGAUAGAGGCAGAGAGAGCCCCCUCGCCGCCCGCCCGCCGUGCCCCCGCCUCGCUGUCGGCCGCGGAGAAGGAAGGGAAACCAAAGGAGGAAAAGAAACUGCAGCAGAGACCCCCCACCAGUGAAAAAUAAAGCGAG